CUAGAGUAGCAAACAUGGUUUUAUAACGCACAUCCAUCCAAAUUGGAGAUCUGGAAACUUGAACUAUCGACCUGCCCAAGGCACACGCCCUCCCAUAAAGAGAACUGGUAGCUAAGUGAGCACCAUGGCCAAGGCAAACGGCUGGAAUGGCUGCGAAAUAGCAGGGCAGAUGAACGGACGCAGUUCCUCAAAGUACUCCCGCAGCACGGAACUGCGACGCGUCGAGGACAACGACAUCUACCGGCUUGCGAAAAUUCUGGACGAGAACGCCUGCUGGCGCAAGCUUAUGUCGAUCAUACCCAAGGGCAUGGAUGUGCAGGCCUGCAGCGCUGCUGGAUCUCUAAACUUUGCGACGGCCGUCAAGAAAGGAUUCAAGUACACGGCGCAGGACGUAUUUCAGAUUGAUGAGGCCGCAAACCGACUGUCGCCGGACCAAAGCAAGUCCCAGAUGCUGAUCGACGAGUGGAAGACCUCGGGCAAGCUCAACGAGCGUCCCACAGUAGGGGUGCUGCUUCAACUGCUGGUGCAGGCGGAGCUCUUCAGCGCAGCGGACUUUGUGGCACUGGAUUUCCUGAAUGAAUCUGCUCCUGCUCGCCCGGUGGACGGUCCGGGGGCGAUUAUAAGCCUGGAGCUUCUGGAUGAAGACAUGGACGUGGACAACGACGGCCUAAGUUCCAGCUACCAGCCAAGAACAGCCACCCUUGAGGCGGCUGCUCAGGGAAGUGUUGGCCUGAACCUAGACACCUUCGACAAACACAUGGUGACUCGGGAAAAAAGUGUGCCGCAGUCAUCCGGAGAUGCACCUCCCGUAGCUCCCCCUCGGCGCCCUCCAAGAGCCUCGGCAAACCCCAGCUCCGUCGCCCCGACCGUAACCUCUUCGGCAACCACACCGAACGUACCCAAUCUGACAAUUCUCAAUCCCAGCGAACAAAUACAGGAACCGGUGCCGCAGCCGCGCCCCCACAACAUUCCCAAUCUGUCUAUACUCAUUGCUAGCUCUGGUGAUUCAACGACAAAUUUGUUGGAUAGCCCAAGAAACCCAUCCAGCUCAAUGGAACCGCCAAACAUACCGCGAAUAACGCUUUUAAUUGAUAAUUCUGCAGAAAUAAGCUCACGUACAACUGAUGCUUCUGAGACGCCGCCAGCAAACUCGAACAAUUUGCCAAUGAUAAGCGCUUUAAAUAUAAAUAAUGAAAAUGGGGAGACCUCGCGCCCAGAAAGCAGCAGCAGCACUAGCAGUUUGAGCAACGAUGAUGACGACGUCGAUGAUGAUGGAGAGGGGGAAGGAGAGUUCGCGGAUACAUCCCUGCCUAAUCUGAGCAACUCAGAGCAGCAGAACUCAAACAAUGACUCCAGCCUAACAACGGUCACUGGUACCAGCGGAGACAACAGCUUCGAGCUGACUAACGACUCCAGCUCGACGUCAAAUGACGAUUAUGCUUGCAACAUUCCGAACUUGAGUGAGCUGCAGCAGUAGGUGAAUUGAAGCCCGUCUACGUUGAGUAAUUUCCACGAACCAGACACCUAAGCUUAAGUUAUGUUUGUACAACCAACAUACUUGUGUAUUUAUAUUUUUGUCGAUAUCGACACCUACUUUAAUGUCGCUUACUGCAUAAGGUCCAACUAGAAUCUAAGAUUCAGGGCAAGCUUUCGACAUACUAUUUUUUGUAGUCCAUAUCACGGCUAUUGAUACCAGUCCAUGACAAAUGCGGCAAUAUCAAAUAUUUCCGUUUUGAAAACGCCAUAUGUAUGUAACCAAAUAACCGAUUCUAACAAAUUUUGUAUAACUUACAAAAUAUUCUAUAAUUUUCUAGUAUAAAUAUACUUAAACAAAAAUUGGUUUUCA